UAUCGAAUUGUGCGUCAACUACAUAACCUAAAAAGCGCGGGCUUUUUGCUGUCAAAACAAAUUCUAGUCGUUACUCCAGAAUUAGAAAGCGUGCAACAAUGGCUGUGCAUUUACAUUUGAAAAAGGAAGAUAUUCCCGAUAAAGAACCUGUAUUACACCUAAUGCCGUGCAAAAUUCAGGGCGAUGAAUCUGCUAAAGUUUCUUCUUAUUUUGAGCCCUAUAUUCGCCCGGAAAAUGACGAAUAUUUCCAUGCAACAUUCCGAGGCCAUCCUCUCCAAGGGCAGAAAGUAACAGUGCCAAACGGUUACACGGGCGUUACUUUCUUUGAAUACAAAAAACCAGAAACGGAAAACGUAGAACGCAAUCUUUAUUCCACGGGAGUGUUUACGCAAUUUACUUAUUGGAAUUACGACAAGAUUCCUUCAAAAAACGACGCAGUGACUGCAGCUUUAGAUUGGAUCGAAAUCGCAGAAGCACUUCAUGCUCCAGAAAAAGAGGAAGUCAAGGCGGAGUAAAAUUGAAGAGAGAAUUCUUCUGUAGAAAAUUGAUUAUUGUGGAUAUUAUAAAUAAUGUUACUUUAAUUUGAAAAGUGAUACGCUUCAUACGAAUGGAAUAGUUUUUUACACGAUAAGUUUUGUACGUUAUAAUAAACCCAGUUUUUCAAAA